CUUCCUCCCUGGUAUUUAUCCCUCUGAUGUAUUUCUAGAGGACAAUCCUAUCUACCUUCAGCUUUCUUUUGGUUACACUAAAGAAGCCGAGGUCCUUGAGUCUCUUCUCAUAAGGUAGGUUUUCCAUUCCUCGGAUUAUCCUAGUAACUCUUCCCUGCACCUGUUCCAGUACGGAAGCACAGCUUAUGGAGGCCACGUCCUAACAUGCGCUGCCCCAUCUUGAUCUGAGACGGCAGCGGGCCGUGUUUCAGAACUCUCCAGACUGUGCGGCCAUCCCCUGUCCUAAUCCUAAGGCAUGUAAACAGUAGGGCUUAUUUCUCCCCCACCCUCAUCUACUUCAUUUUCCCAGCAAAGGAGCGAUAGUCUCAAAACAAACAAACAAAAAAUGUGCCUCAGAACCCAGAGUCAGUUCCUCACCAAAUAAGGAAGGUGGCAUUUUGGGUCUAACCUCAAGAGCGUCCCUUUAAGCAGCCGACUGCUGAGCUUGCCUUUCCAGUUCAGAGUGCUGCUCCGUUCUGAACAGAGGGAUAUGGUUGAUGUCUCCCUGUGUGAGCUGGAGCUUGACUGAGUCCCUGCUGGGGAGAGCCUGUGUUCUGCAGAUAUCUGGCAUGUGGUCCAACAGCCCAUAGAAAACUGCAGGAGGAAUCCAGAAGAUGGGAAUUCUGGCUCUUUGUUUUAACAACUCUGUUGUUGCUUUAAAUUAAAUUCUGCCAUUGCAUUAAUCCAGAAACAGAAUUUUCGAGACCCGUUUAUUUGCCUCCCAUGUUAAUCAACGAAUGAGCGUGCAGACGACCUUUGUUCUCCUUGGGACCCCGGUUGAAAGGUCUGAGGAUUCCAAACAACAUUCACAACUUCUGUUUUUCUUUUUCAGAACUCGUGCCCAAUCAGUGAUGUUUCCAACAUAGAGAGGGACUUUGGCACACUGGCUUGUUUCUGCAGUGGGGAAUCCAGUCGGGCUGAGCAGGAUGGGUUUGGGUUUGGCCGUUUGGUCCUAUUUAGACACUAGCUCUAGCGCCCAUUUGUCUUCCUGACAGCUCUCCCGACUUGAUGCUUGUGAACUUAAUUACAGCUCUGCUCUGCAGCAGGCAGGCAGGCAGGCAUUGGCUCUUCACUGCAGUCUGCAGGUCCUGGCAGCCAGCACUCACACCCCACUCACAACCAGGUGCACUUAGCCAAUGGUGCAGGGCGCAGGACCCUCAGUGGACCCUGGCUGCAUGGCAUCAAUGCCCAGGCUCGGAAGCUGCAGAAGAACCGUGCGAAGGGCACCAUGACCCUGCUGAUGGGAUGCAAGCGACACUCCACGCCACCCACCCUCCGACGCAGCUUGAGCGAGACCAGUCUUAGUCACGUGGGCUCGCUGGAGGAGGAGCAGCUCAAGAGACAUUACUCCACGCUGCCUGAGACCAUUCGUGGCCUGGAGGGCUCGAGGGAUGAGCAGCAGGCCCCCACUGCGGAGCGGAAUGGCAGCAGCGUGCGGUACUCCCUCUACCAGUCCCCUCACCUCCUACUCCUGCAGGGCUACAGCUACCAGCAUGAUAGCUUGGUUUAUCUGCUGAACCGUGAGCAGCACACAGUGGGCCAGAGGACUCAGUCCAGCAAACCUAGCAUCAGCCUCUUUGCCCCAGACAUCCUGCCCCUUCACUGCACCAUCAGGAGGCUCAAGCUGUCGAGCCGCUCCCGACACCGUUCGGAAGAGAAGCUGAUCCUUGAGCUCAUCCCGGGGGCCAAUGUGUCUGUCAACUUCUCUGAAGUAGUAAAAACGAUUGUGCUGCACCAUGGAGACCUUCUGUCCCUGGGGCUUUACUAUCUGCUUCUCUACAAGGACCCCACAAGAGCCCAGCCACUGCCUGCACAGACGCUGAUGAGGCUGAAAUCUAUGCAUCAAGCCUCGGACCCUGAGGCACCCGUGAUCUGUAAGAUGUGUGGCAGCCAGCUCAAGGAUAGGGGCCCCUCCUCCAAAAAGCAUGGGCCCUCCCCCACUGCAGGCCAAAGAUCAGCCAGGAAGAGGCUGCAGCUGGAGUUCGAGAGAGCUGCCGAGGACGUGCUAAUGAGAAGGAUCAUGACCUUGAUCGAUCCUGGGGGUGACGAUCACAAGUUGACGCCUGUCUUCCUGUUGUGCCUCUGCAUCCAGCACUCCGCCACCAGCUUCGAGCCGGGAGACUUCGGUCAGCUGCUGCUCAAGUCAGCCAAGAUGAUUCAGAGGACAGUGUGGGAGAAAACAAAAGAACUGGCUGAGAAGCAGUCCCAGCAUCAGGAUCCUGGAUCCCUGUCCCGCUUCACCGUCACAGACCUGGUCCCAGACCUGCAGCACAUUCUCUUCUGGAUGUCCAACUCCAUCGAGCUCCUGUACUUUAUCCAGCAGAAAUCCCCCGUCUACAUCCAGAGCCUGGAGGAGGAGCUGGAUGUCAAGGGUUCUAAGGAGUCUCUGUUCUCUUUAACCAUCACAGCCAGCGAGGAAGCCAUGACAGUGCUAGAGGAAGUGAUCAUGUACACUUUUCAGCAGUGCGUCUACUAUAUCUCCAAGUCUCUGUAUGUAUCUCUACCUGCCCUUCUGGAGUGUAAUCCCUUCCAGAGUGAGGGCCAGGAAGGUUGGCAGGCAUCAUCCCAGUUGCCUGAAGAAGUACGCAGAGUCGUGUUGAUCUACCAGACUACGCUGGACCUGCUCCACCAGUAUGAAGUGCACCCUGAAAUAGCCUCACAGAUGUUUGCCUACCUCUUUUUCUUCUCCAACACUCUGCUCUUCAACCAGCUCAUGGACAAAGGCUCCUCCUUGGGUUGCUUCCACUGGUCGAAAGGAGUGAAGAUCCGCGCCAGCCUGCGGCUCCUCCUGGAGUGGAUACAGGGCGUGGGCUUCGGGCACUUGGCCGAGCAGUUCUUCAGCAAGCUCUCCAGCAUGGCUCACCUGCUGGCCAUGCCGAGCUCCCAGCUGGUGCAGAUGACCUGGCCAUUGCUGAGAGCCGAAUUCCCCACCCUGAGUCCUGUUCAGCUCCAUCACAUCCUGACUCAGUACCAGGCAAUGUCCGAUGUGGGGUGUGUCGCAGCCUGGCAGCCCUGGCAGGGAGACAGCCCUGCAGCCUUCAGGACAGACGAAGUGCUGGAGUCCUUUGAUAACCACCCGCCCAUCGUCCUGCCAAGUGGAGGAUUUAAGGUGGACUUGGAGGUGGAGACGCUGGACGAUAACGUGUACCGGCAUCUCCUGUACAUCCGUCACUUCCUGUGGAGUCUGCGGAGCAAGAGCCCCCACGCAAGUGACUUGCCAGAGUCGGAGCCCCUGAAGAAAGACAUGCCCACCAGCCAAAACACCCCCGAGGUGCCUGAGAACGCACUCACCUUGCCAGCCCUGGGGAAUUCCUUUGGCCAGUUGGAUUACAGACGCCCAGGAAGCUGUGCUGAAGCAGAGGCUGCUGGGAGCCCUCCGCUCCCCACAGAUAUGAGCAGAUCCCCCAGAGACUAUUACACCAGUGAGACACAAGAAAAACUCAAGCAUCUCCCGCUGCACAGCAGUCUGGGGAAAAAAACCCUUUCCAAGGCCAGCAUGUUGCCAGUGGAUCCCUCCUGCUUACUGACCCCUCCCAAUACGCCUCUGAACUUUGACCCUGGAAGCCCAGAAUCCCCUCAGAGCACCAGCUGUGGGAAAGUCCUCCAGGACCCCAGGAAGGAUGGACUCAAUGGCACCAAAGCCACCACCCCUGAAGGAUGUUCUCCGCUGCCCUAUGACUAUCCCACGCCAGCGUCCUCCAGUCGCAGCUCAGCCACGGAUGAUUUCUGCUACGUCUUUGUGGUGGAGUUGGAAAAAGGGCCCAUCGGGCUGGGGAUGGGACUGAUUGAUGGCUUGCACACCCCUUUGAAUUCUCCUGGCAUCUACAUCAGGACCCUCAUCCAGGACAGUCCUGCAGCCUCAGAUGGCAGACUCUCCAUAGGAGACCGCAUCCUGGCUGUUAACGGCACCAGUCUGAUUGGAGCAGAUUACCAGAGUGCAGUGGAGCUCAUCCGGUCCGGAGGGAAGAAGCUGCGGUUUCUGGUUGCCAAGUCUGACAUGGAAAUAGCCAAGAAAAUCAGCUCCAGCUCAUCAUCGUCCUCUUAACGCUCAUGUUGCAAGGGCCUGGCCAUAGCCCCCUGCAAACGAAGCUGCUGUCAAGGCCAACUAUGCGAAACCUGUACCUGGAAUCUGGAGGAUCCAGUUGAAAUUGCACCAUUCCAGGCCUAAAGAACUGUUCUCAAUUUGCUUUUCAGACUGCUGGGUAUCUCUGUUCUGCUCUGCACUGCUGAGCGAGUGGAGAAGGGAGUUUUACAAUCCAAACACCCCUCUGCUCACAGAUGUAUCCCAUGGGCUCAUUUUACAGCUGAUGUCCUUACCCCUGCCAGCCUCAGCAUGGGGUUUGCAUAGCCCCUCCGUAACUGCCCACUCCCUGCUCCUCUCUGCAGAGGGGAGAUCCCGUUCCAGGCAGUCAGCAUGCUUGUGGGCUCCAUCGAACUUAGGAACAAGCUAUUCCAUUCCUCUGCAUUAUACAUAAAUAAAAUAAAAAUAAAUAAAUAAUGGAGAUAUACCUAUCUCCUAGAACUGGAAGGGACCCUGACCGGUCAUCAAGUCCAGCCCCCUGCCUUCACUACCAGGCCCAAGUACUGAUUUCGUCCCAGAUGCCUAAGUAGCCCCCUUAAGGAUUGAACUCACAACCCUGGGUUUAGCAGGCCUAUGCUCAAACCACUGAGCUAUCCCUUCCACAUGGCAGGCCUGGUAGAUGAGCUUGCCUGAUUGGGAGUGGGGGGCCCCCCAGCAGCUGCUGUUGCAAUUACUGCAUUACCUAGCGCUGGGACCUGGGAG